AUGGACCUCAACCGGAUCAUCCAGGCGCUGAAGGGCACCAUUGACCCGAAGCUGCGGAUUGCGGCCGAGAAUGAACUCAAUCAGUCUUACAAGAUUAUCAAUUUUGCCCCCAGUUUACUUCGGAUUAUAGUGUCUGAGCAUGUGGAAUUCCCAGUGCGCCAGGCAGCUGCCAUUUACUUGAAGAACAUGGUGACACAGUACUGGCCGGACCGAGAACCUCCACCAGGAGAAGCAAUAUUUCCAUUCAACAUUCAUGAAAAUGAUCGCCAGCAAAUACGUGAUAAUAUUGUGGAAGGAAUAAUUCGGUCUCCAGAUUUAGUGAGAGUCCAGUUAACAAUGUGUCUCCGUGCCAUCAUUAAAUACGAUUUCCCUGGUCACUGGCCAGCAGUAGUCGACAAGAUAGACUAUUACUUGCAAUCACAGAGCAGUGGAAGCUGGCUUGGCAGUUUGUUAUGUCUGUAUCAACUGGUGAAGACAUAUGAAUAUAAGAAAGCAGAGGAAAGAGAACCUCUUAUAGCAGCAAUGCAAAUAUUUCUGCCUCGUAUUCAGCAACAAAUCAUGCAGCUCCUUCCUGAUUCCUCACAUUAUUCUGUAUUAAUACAGAAACAGAUUCUGAAAAUCUUUUAUGCACUUGUGCAGUAUGCAUUGCCUCUUCAACUGGUGAAUAACCAAACCAUGACAGCGUGGAUGGAGAUCUUCCGAACUAUUAUUGACAGGACUGUUCCUCCUGAGACUCUGCAGAUUGAUGAGGAUGAUAGACCAGAACUAGUCUGGUGGAAAUGUAAGAAGUGGGCACUACACAUUGUAGCUCGUCUCUUUGAACGAUACGGAAGCCCAGGAAAUGUCACAAAAGAAUACUUUGAAUUUUCUGAAUUCUUUUUGAAAACUUAUGCAGUGGGAAUUCAGCAGGUACUACUAAAAAUUUUAGACCAGUAUAGGCAGAAAGAGUAUGUAGCGCCCCGUGUUCUUCAGCAAGCUUUCAACUAUCUCAACCAAGGAAUUGUUCAUUCCGUGACCUGGAAGCAGAUGAAGCCACACAUACAGAAUAUCUCUGAAGAUGUGAUUUUUUCUGUGAUGUGCUAUAAAGAUGAGGAUGAAGAACUGUGGCAGGAAGAUCCAUAUGAAUAUAUAAGGAUGAAAUUUGAUAUUUUCGAAGAUUAUGCUUCUCCUACCACAGCAGCCCAGACUCUCUUAUAUACUGCUGCAAAGAAAAGAAAAGAGGUGUUGCCAAAAAUGAUGGCAUUCUGUUAUCAAAUCCUAACAGACCCGAACUUUGAUCCUAGGAAGAAAGAUGGAGCCCUGCAUGUGAUUGGUUCCCUAGCUGAUAUUUUACUGAAGAAGAGUUUAUUCAAGGACCAAAUGGAGUUAUUGCUGCAGAAUCAUGUGUUUCCAUUACUGUUGUCUAACCUGGGAUACCUUCGAGCCAGAUCCUGUUGGGUACUUCAUGCAUUCAGUUCUUUGAAAUUUCAUAAUGAGCUCAACCUAAGAAAUGCAGUUGAUCUAGCAAAGAAGAGCCUGAUUGAGGAUAAGGAGAUGCCUGUCAAGGUUGAAGCUGCCCUUGCUCUUCAGUCAUUAAUUUCUAACCAGACACAAGCCAAGGAAUAUAUGAAGCCACACGUAAGGCCUAUUAUGCAGGAGCUGUUGCACAUUGUUAGAGAGACAGAAAAUGAUGAUGUUACUAAUGUUAUCCAGAAGAUGAUAUGUGAAUACAGCCAAGAGGUAGCCUCAAUUGCUGUGGAUAUGACUCAGCAUUUGGCUGAGAUAUUUGGCAAAGUUCUUCAAAGUGAUGAAUAUGAAGAAGUUGAAGACAAGACUGUAAUGGCUAUGGGAAUUUUACAUACCAUUGAUACUAUCUUGACAGUUGUAGAAGAUCACAAAGAGGUUACUCAGCAGUUAGAGAAUAUCUGUCUACGGAUCAUUGAUCUUGUUUUACAGAAACAUGUAAUUGAAUUCUAUGAAGAAAUUCUUUCAUUGGCUUACAGUUUAACUUGCCAUGGUAUUUCUCCUCAAAUGUGGCAGCUUCUAGGUAUAUUAUAUGAGGUUUUUCAGCAGGAUUGUUUUGAAUAUUUUACAGACAUGAUGCCUCUUUUGCAUAAUUAUGUGACAAUAGAUACAAAUACUUUACUGUCAAAUCCAAAGCAUUUAGAAAUACUUUUUACAAUGUGUAGAAAGGUACUAUGUGGAGAUGCAGGAGAAGAUGCAGAAUGUCAUGCAGCCAAACUUCUUGAAGUCAUCAUUCUUCAGUGCAAAGGAAGGGGAAUUGAUCAGUGCAUUCCACUCUUCGUGCAACUUGUUUUGGAGAGAUUAACCCGAGGGGUCAAAACUAGUGAGCUUCGUACUAUGUGUCUUCAGGUUGCAAUUGCUGCCUUGUACUACAACCCAGAUUUGCUGCUACAUACUUUAGAACGAAUUCAGUUGCCUCACAACCCUGGACCUGUAACUGUACAAUUUAUAAAUCAGUGGAUGAAUGAUACAGAUUGUUUUCUUGGGCAUCAUGAUCGGAAGAUGUGUAUAAUAGGACUGAGUAUCCUUUUGGAAUUGCAAAAUCGACCUCCUGCAGUAGAUGCUGUGGUGGGACAGAUUGUGCCCUCAAUUCUUUUCCUUUUCCUUGGACUAAAGCAGGUCUGUGCUACCAGACAACUGGUAAACCGGGAAGAUCACUCAAAAGCAGAUAAAGCCAAUAUAGAAGAAAAUGAAGAGAUUUCAAGUGAUGAAGAGGAGACUAAUGUCACUGCUCAAGCAAUGCAGUCAAAUAAUGGAAGAGGUGAAGAUGAAGAGGAAGAUGAUGAUGACUGGGAUGAAGAAGUGUUGGAAGAAACUGCUCUUGAGGGAUUCAGUACUCCACUGGACCUUGACAAUAGUGUGGAUGAAUAUCAAUUUUUUACACAAGCUUUGCUGACUGUGCAGAAUCGGGAUGCUGCGUGGUAUCAGCUGCUGAUGGCGCCGCUCAGUGAGGAUCAGAGGAGGGCCCUGCAGGAGGUGUACACACUGGCCGAGCACCGGAGGACAGUGGCAGAGGCAAAGAAGAAGAUUGAACAACAGGGAGGCUUCACCUUUGAAAACAAAGGAGUCCUCUCUGCAUUUAAUUUUGGGACUAUGCCUACCAACAACUGA